CGCGCGUGCGCAUCCAGCAGCUGUCAUCCGAAAUCUGGGAACGAGGUGUCUGCGGCGCGGCAGGGCAGGGGCUGCGAGAGCCGCGAGGGGACCGGGUGCCCGGCGGCGGCGGCGGGGAGCGGGCUUGCCCUGCCCCGCCCUGCUUCGCCCCGUCCCGUCCCGUCCCGCGCCGCUCCGUCGCCGCUCCCCCUCGCCGCGCCCCCUGGCCGCGCCUGCCCGCUGGAGCCUCUCCCGGACAGCUGGAUUGAAAUUGAACCAGAAUGGCUGCUGUUAUCUCAGAUAGUCCUCCAAAUCCAAGCUGCAAAAUCAUGACUUUUAGGCCUUCGAUGGAUGAAUUUAGGGAAUUCAACAAGUACUUAGCAUACAUGGAAUCACAAGGUGCUCAUAGGGCUGGAGUUGCAAAGGUUAUCCCACCAAAGGAAUGGAAGCCAAGAAAACACUAUGAUGAUAUUGAAGAUUUGGUGAUUCCUGCUCCGAUUCAACAGAUGGUCACUGGCCAGUCUGGGCUUUUCACACAGUACAACAUUCAGAAAAAGCCCAUGACAGUGAAGGAGUUCAGGCAGCUAGCCAACAGUGACAAAUACCGCACUCCAAGAUAUGUAGACUAUGAAGAUUUGGAGCGUAAAUACUGGAAGAACUUGACUUUUGUGGCACCAAUUUAUGGAGCAGAUAUCAAUGGGAGCAUUUAUGAUGAAGGUAUUGAGGAAUGGAAUAUUGCCCAUCUUAAUACAAUAUUGGAUGUUGUAGGAGAAGAGUGUGGAAUUUCUAUUGAAGGUGUAAAUACACCAUAUCUCUAUUUUGGCAUGUGGAAAACAACAUUUGCAUGGCACACCGAAGACAUGGAUCUCUACAGUAUUAAUUAUCUCCAUUUCGGGGAGCCAAAGUCAUGGUACGCUAUUCCUCCAGAGCAUGGGAAACGGCUUGAAAGACUAGCUCAAGGGUUCUUUCCAAGCAGCUCUCAAGGAUGUGAUGCUUUUCUUCGCCACAAGAUGACUCUGAUUUCUCCCUCAGUAUUAAAAAAGUAUGGAAUUCCUUUUGACAAGGUUACCCAAGAGGCAGGAGAAUUUAUGAUCACUUUCCCAUAUGGAUACCAUGCAGGGUUUAACCAUGGUUUUAAUUGCGCAGAGUCAACAAACUUUGCCACCAUUCGAUGGAUUGAUUAUGGAAAAGCUGCAAAAUUGUGCACUUGUAGGAGAGACAUGGUGUCAAUAUCCAUGGAUGUCUUUGUGAGGAAGUUUCAACCAGACAGAUACCAGCUGUGGAAACAGGGCAAGGAUUUAUAUACCAUUGAUCAUACAAAACCAACUCCUGAGUCAACGCCUGAAGUAAAGAUCUGGCUGCAGAGAAGAAGGAAAAUACAGAACGUUCCCCAGAGCUUCCAGCACACCAGAUCUCGAUCUAAAAGGCUUAAAACUCCAGAGGACAAGAGAAUAUCUGCUAUGGUAGCUGAUGCAGAAAUCAUAGUGACUGAAGCAGCUACUGAUGGCUUCAAGGUCAGUGAACAACCUGAAAAAAAAAUGAGAGUGGUAAACACAGGAGUGCCUUCUGGGGAAGAAGAAAACAGUAGUAGAAUGCAUCUGGAUCAACAUUUAUUGGAUCAUGUCAAGGUUGCAGGAAACAUCCCUUCAGACUCAAUUUUGAGUCCUGUUCCUGUACUAGAGAAAACAAAAAUGGGAGAUGAGGACAAGAUAGAUUCCAGUCAUUCUUCCUUUACAUUUGAAGAUUCUGUGGCCAGCAACCCUGCUUUUGAUAGCUGCAGAAAAGAAGAGAAUUUGAAACCUCAGAAUCAAUAUGUUUCAUCCAUACCAUACCAUAAAGCAGAGGGACAAACUUCUGAAGCAGAAAAUCUAGAUAGAGAUGAAAGUGUCUCCACAGAGGGUGAUACCAGCAAUGUGGAAAGUUCUGGAAGUGGUUUGGAACAUGGAGAAGGGCCCAUUGUAAAAAAGGAUGAAGAAGACAGCAUGGAAACAUCUUGUUCAGAGGAAGUUGAAAGAAAGAAAAUAUCUAAGAGUUGGCGUCAUCCACUACAUAAACCCCCAGCUAGAUCUCCAAUGACUUUGGUUAAACAGCAAGCAAUUAGUGAUGAAGAACUGCCUGAGCCUACCUUAAUUGAAGAGAAAGUUCAAGAGUCAGAGGCAUGGGCCAGGCCUCUGGUCUACCUGUGGCAGACAAGACAACCCAAUUUCAAUGCUGAAAAAGAAUACAAUGCAGCUUGUGCAAAAAAGGAGCCUCACUGUGCCAUUUGCACUCUUCUCAUGCCAUACUAUAAGCCAGACAAUCAUGAUGAAGAAAGUCCUAUUUUCAGUGAAGCAAACUCAGCAGAAACAUUGAUGGCAGAAAAUGAGAAGACUAAACCUCUUAUUCCAGAGAUGUGUUUUAUUUAUAGUGAAGAAAACACCGAAAACUAUCCAUCAAAUGCCUUUGUGGAAGAAGAUGGAACAAGUAUUCUGGUUUCAUGUGCAAAGUGUUGCGUCCGGGUUCAUGCAAGUUGCUAUGGUGUUCCUUCUCAUGAAAUCCAUGAUGAGUGGUUGUGUUCUCGAUGCAGAGAAAAAGCCUGGACAGCUGAAUGUUGUCUCUGCAAUUUGAGAGGUGGUGCAUUAAAGCAAACUACUGACAAAAAGUGGGCACAUAUAAUGUGUGCAAUUGCCAUCCCAGAAGUCAGAUUUGGUAAUGUCACAGAGCGUACUCCGAUAGACACUAGCAGAAUACCUUUGCAAAGAUUAAAAUUGAAAUGUAUCUUCUGCAGGCAGAGAGUUAAGAAAAUCUCUGGUGCCUGCAUUCAGUGUUCAUAUGGACGCUGCCCAGCAUCCUUCCAUGUUACCUGUGCCCACGCUACAGGAGUGCUGAUGGAACCUGAUGACUGGCCAUAUGUUUUCUACAUCACAUGUUUCAGGCACAAGAUCAACCAAAAUGUGAGAGCUAAAGCAUGUGAGAAAGCCAUUACAGUUGGGCAGACAGUCAUCACGAAACAUAGAAAUACACGAUACUAUAGUUGCAGAGUCAUAGGAGUGACAUCUCAGCUUUUCUAUGAAGUCAUGUUUGAUGAUGGCUCCUUCAGUCUGGAUACUUUUCCUGAAGACAUUGUAAGCAGAGACUGUGUAAGGCUGGGUCCACCUGCAGAGGGAGAGGUUGUCCAAGUGAAAUGGCCUGAUGGAAAACUGUAUGGUGCAAAGUAUCUGGGAACAAAUACAGCUCACAUGUAUCAGGUGGAAUUUGAAGAUGGUUCUCAAAUAGUAAUGAAGAGAGAGGAAAUAUAUACACUGGAUGAAGAGCUUCCUAAGAGAGUAAAAGCACGUUUACCUAUGAAACUUCAGGGAAAGCUUGACUCCUGUGAAUGCGUACACAAUUUUUUUGUUUACUUACUGGAAGAAGACAGCAAGAGACAGCUUUUAUCCCAGAAUUGCUAUAUGGCUGUAAUACUUUGGGUGAUGUGCCUAGCUGGUAAAGCCCACGAGACUGGGAUAACUUCAAGUAGGUUACAAGAAGAUGAAGUAACCUGCUUGAAGUUAUAUGGCAGAAUUCAUAGAAGAAUGAGGAGCAGAAUUAGGAACUAGAUGCUCUGGGCAUCAGAAGAUUGGUGAAUUACAGUAUUUCUAUGCUAUGUACUCUUCACUCUCACUAUAUGUGAUGGAAAAAAUUGUUUGGUUAUUGUAUAUUUAUAUUAGCAUAAUCUGAUCAGAUGGGUAAGCUUUUGAAAACAGGUGAGAUCCAGGGAUAAAUAACUGGCACCUAAUUGGUAAACGUUUUUUUUCCAUCUUUUUUUUCCCUUUUGCUCUUCUAAGAUUAUUGACGUUUGUGGAUGUCACGUACUGAAAGCAGCAGGCAUCUGCAUUGCAGAUAGGCACUCCUGCAGUGCUAGUCUGGGAGGAACAUUUCCUCCAGUGUUAUUACCAACCAUCCACAAAUUACUAAGAAAGUAAUAGCAUGAGGUGAGAGAUGCUCAGUUUUGCUACUAAGCUUAAGGAAUAUUUGAAAGGAGAGGACACAGAGGGAAACUCCUCUGGAGGAUCAUAUUUACUAAUAUUUUUUUAGUACAUUAAACUUGAUGGUUUGUAAACUCUGCGUUUAUUGUACUUAAUGCCUAGGAAAGAAUAGCACACACAAAGUACAGCUUUAAGAAUUGUAUUAGUCUCUGAUACUUUCCUACUUCAGCUAAAGUAGAGUAUUUGUGCCCCACCUAUCCUCUGAGUGCUUUUCUGUCUACAGAAUUAGUACUGACAGCAGGUGGCCCAAAGAAAUUACAAAACAACAGCUGAUCCGAGUUGGAGCAGACUGUGGAUCCCUGCAACAGAACAGGAGGUACAAACUCUAUUCUAUUGCUUGCUCAGUCAGGAGCCUCCCCUAUCAGCACUCAGAUCCACCCUUCAGUAGCAGGAGGCUUCUCAGAUCUAACUCAGUGAACAUUACAGAGUUUAAUUUAACUCCUGCUUUUAAACACUCUUUGUUUGAAGAGUGUCAAGGGGUUGAGGUCUGGUUUCAUAGAUUAUGUGAUUUUCACCUUACUAUUAGCAAAUGACCUUUGUUGCCCAAAAGACAAAUUUGCAGGUAAGCUGUACAGAAUUGAACUUGUGUGGGACUGUGUGUGAUAACGAAGGGUGGCAGGACUGUCUUCAGAGAAGCUGUAAGAACCAUACUCCCAUUCCAGCUGGACACCCUGAGUGAAAAACUAUAGAAUGAAAGAACAGACGAAGUCCCAUCCAGGGAAGGUGCUUAUUUUUCUGGUUGUCAGUAAGAGCAGAACCAGAUGAUUUUUUUUUUUUUUUUUUGGAAGGCCAGCUUAGCCAGAGCUGGCAAUUUGUUUCAUAAUCUUCACAGCAGGCUUAGCAAAACAUAAAUGGUCAUGAUGGAAUGAAACUACUCAGUCUUGUCAGAAGCCGAGGUUAGCUUGAGGACUAGGGAGAUGCAGUGCAAGACAGAACAGGACUAAGGGAUAGUACCAAAAAGGAAAGUUUGUAUAUGGUUUGGGGAAAGCUGGAUCUUGGAAAAGGGAAAAAUAAUUUUAUAUUCAAAUAAUGUGCUUUAGAAAACCACAGUCUGUAAAAAUAGUCCAAGGCAUGUUUUUAUAUCCCUCAGCAGAGAGCAAACAGGGCAUUCUGCACAUACUCAUUUUAUAUUAUAUCCAAAAUCUGUAUUAUCUGACACUUAGCCCCAGUUUUCCAAUCUAUAUGCAAUUUGCCUUGCCUGUGCAUCAGAGGUGAAAAGAUGGGAGCAUUUGAAUGGCAUCAGGUUUAAGUAGUCAGUUUUGUCUGGGAAUCAAGCAAAUCCUAGUUUCUGGAUAUGCCCACAGAAUGAAUUCAUAGCAUCUAUAGCUGUAUCUUACCAAUAUAUCUGGCAAAGCUGCUUGGUAAUACCAAUGACCACAGAUUGGUUUGCAAAACCCAUCCUGAAUACUUUUUGCUGUUGAUUUAGAAGAUAAUUCAAGUGUAUUUGGGCACAUGGUUGCCACAUUUUCUCAAACUACUGUAGCUGUACCCUGGCAUCUCGAGCUCCUCAGUUUAAUACAUUCUGUAUAUAUUUGAAAGCAGAACUGUAAAAAUCUUUAUUCUGGUGCAAGAACUUAUAGUUAGGCAUAAUGUAAUUAGGUUUAGUGGAACUUGUGGUAAUUUGAAUUCAGGUGCUACUAACAUAACACCUUCAAAUACAAAAUGCCUGUGAUUUUGGCAUGCCAUAAACUCACAGUUUUAUUAUGUUAUCUUUGGUGUCCUUGCAUUGAAAUUUCAGCAAAUCCAAAGACCAAAAAAUAACAUAUUGUCCACUGUACGUGUGUAAACAUUAAAGUAAAGCAAUAGCAACAAAUGUUGUACAGUAAGCAUUGUCAAAGUAUAUAAACAAUUUCAAUAUUCCCAAAAAUAUUUUAAAUAUUUUAAAAUUUGUUAUUCAGCAAAGCAGUCAAUAAUUUUAAUUUAGCACAUUGCCUGAAAAGAAAACUACUUAAAUAUUCCAUAUCCCUUUCUAUAAAACAGUUUGAUUUAAGACCAAAAUUUGGUCUUUCAUUAUAUUAAAUUUUAUUUUUCAGGACAGCAGAAUGUAUUCCAAAUCACUUAAUUUAUGUUUUAUCUGGUUUUGAUAAGGUUGUGUAUGGGGAAGGGAAUGUGCAGGUGGAAUGUAGAAGCAGACUCUCUGCCCAGAAACUGAUAAACAGAGUGCUGCUGGUAGGCAGUAUACCAUUUAUGCUGGAGUGAAUAUAAUGUAAUUACAUAUAUAUAAAAGUAUAUAUUUAUAGUCAGUGUAGUUUUAUCUCAUUUAGAUUUCUGGAAGGGUAGGAUUUUGUUCCUGUGUUUGCAUAAUCUUCUUCUUAUCCAUGGAAUCCUACUUUUUUUCCUUCAGAAUUCACGUUAACACCCAUAUGCUUUCCAGUGAGGCUUGGUUGGGUGAAAAUACUUAUCUAAUUGUGGUGAAUUAAGUAACUGUUAGCCAUACAAGUAAUAUAAAAGCUAGUAGGUUUCUUCAUUUUAAAGGAAUUAGAUACCUACAUUUUCUUGAGAAUCAUAAUCACUGCACACUGUGGGGAUCAUGUUUGUGCUAUUAGAAGUCAGGAGCUACUUUGCAGCAUGGUAGGUAACCUCUGUUGGUAAUGAAUGGACUUGUGCUAGGCUGUAGAGAGUCAUGUCUCCUCAGAUUCUAAUUUCUUUGCUCCUGAAACAGGCUGAAAAAAGCCUGUUUAACAGUCUGCUUGUAUGAAGCUCCAAAAAGAUUGUCUGUUUCAGUCAACUGAAGCACUGCAACUGUCACUACUUGUUCUUUAUGCAGCUGUAGUCUAUUGGUUCAUGUCUCAGAUAAUCACCUUAAUGUUAUAGUUUAUUUGUCAAUGAUCAGGGUGAACUUUGGCAGAAGACAUUGGGUUCAAAGAGGUUGUAAUUUAACUAGACUUUGUGCUUCUCAUCCUAGUAAUUGCAGCACUGAAUAUUUCCUGGGUUUGCUAGAAAGGACAUUCAUACUUUGCCUGAUAUUUCAGAGAGAGCUUCUAUGGAAUUUCCUGUGAAAACCACAGCAGAAAAUCUAGUUCAAAAAGUGUUAACAGAACUUUGUAGGAAUAGCUUGUGGCAACUGGGGCAAGCUAGAUUCUUGAAGCAGAUAUUCGCAGGAAUGGAGAAUAGGUUCGUAGCAAUAUUACGAACAGUCUACCAAAGUCUGAAUAUACUUUUUUAGUAAGUUAUUGAAACUCAUAGAAAUAUUUGUCUAAUCUAUUAAGAACACAUACUGUAUGUAUGGUUUGCAAAAUUAGAAUGAGACAUGGCUAUACUGGGUUGUGCUGUUACUGUAUCUAAAGAGUUGUUUCAGUCAGUGUCUCAGAGGGCAACUUUCCUCAAAGGGGAAAAAAAAGUUGUCAUAAAUUCUACCAAUUAGGGAGCUGCAGUUCUUUCCCCUUGAGUGGCAGAUAAUUGGGCAGGUGAAAACAGUAUGGAACCAUCAAUGAAGGUGCAUCUGAGUCAUCCUGAGCCUUUGUUCACCAGCUCACACAGGAUCAUAUCACAGCACAAUUGCCUUAGAGAUUGGCUCAAUUUUCAAUAAUCCUGCAAAAAUAAUCUCUGUAGGGGGAAGUAUUGUAUCUAAUUACUAUCAAAAUGAGGUAAGUUAAAAUAGAACCAGAGAAUUUUAAGGUAGCUGAGUGAGAUUGUUUUUUUCUUAAGUUGCAGGCCUUCUCCUCCAUCAUAGGUGUUAGGUUAGUUUUCUCUUUUAUCUCAGUACCUACAAGCUAUGAUGUAUGUGAGAAAUAACUGUAAAACUAAUUUCCUAUUUUUUCUACCUUCUUUUUCUGCAGUUAGGUUAUAGGUGGGUUUGCAGAUUUCUAAUGUUUUCCCAAAUUUUAUGCCUCUUUUUCAGGAAUGCAGCCCAGCUGCAGAGUGUUUGUUGAUGUGUACACACACACUGAAGUUUACAUAAAUUCUCAUCUCUUGGUUUUUCACAAGUACAAUUUUCAGUGCAACGUAUACUCCUCUUUCUGGUCCAAGCCCAGGAAAUUCAGACAUUUAUUGCAUCCGUACAUUGUAUUUUCUCACUUAAAUACUUCUAGAGAAGCCUAGAAAUCCACACAGUCUCUCUACUAAAUUAUUUCAACAGCAAUACAAAGGCCUUGUCCCAUAAACCCCAGAUACAGCAGGCUGAAUUCUCUACUUAGUAGUCAACUUAGAGCCAUUAUUUCUUUGAGCUUUCUCUUAUGGCUGCACAAAUCUUACUAGCUUUCCAGUAGGGUUCUUUCAGAAACUACAGCCAGCUCUACAACUUAAACUUGAAACAGAUUAAUUGGAAAUAAUACGUAUGUAAGGAAACACCAAAAGAAAUUAUAAACUAAAACUGGCUUCAAUCAAGAUCUCUUCAUUGGGAAUGUAAUAGAUCUUGCACAAUUAUGCAAAAUUCUCCUAUUUACAUACACAGUUAUUUCAGUUCCUGUCUAUCAAGAAAAGCUUAAUUCUUUAUAUCCCCAGAUCAUACCAGGGUAGAAAACAGACUUUGGUAUUCACAUUUUUAGCUUUUCAAGUUGUUUUUCUCUUUCUUUUACAGUCUAAGAUUAUCUGUCUCUUGACUCUUUCACGUCUUGUUGUCCUCAACCUGGGUGCUUAUGUGUAUGUGCUGGUGUAUUUGGCUGAGUAGUCUGAUGGUGUGACAGACAGAUGUUUUCCAGUUUUGCUUUUUUUUCAGAACACUGUGUUUCUUUUAUGCUGAAAUUGCUCAGAAAUAUACCUGUAGUUCAGCUGUGCUUCUGGAUGAUCCAAAUGGGUUUAAAAAAAUAAAAAGACAAGAUUUAAUGUAUUUUUUACUUUUCAUCUAAUGAAUGCUUUCUACCUAAU